UUGAAUUUUCUGUUUAAGAGUUGAAAUGUAAUGCUCUAAACAUGUAUUCUAAAAAGCGUAAAGCACGGCAAGGCCAAGCUUCAAACCUAGGAAAAGCUUAGGUGAGCUUUUAGAACAAUGCUCUAAAUAAAGGAACUCAAGAGUAAAUCCUAAAACUUCAUCCUCUAGCAUAGCUGUUUGCUGCUUUCUGUUUUUUGUUAUUGCUAAUGCAUUCAAUUAAUACUGCUACUCUCUUGGACAUUUUUCAUACUUACCAUUAAAUUCUAAUCAGGCAUAAGAUAUAUUUCUCCCUUCUAUUGCAACUCUGUUAAAAUGAGACAGCUGACCCUUCUAUUUCACCUCUGUUAAAAUGAGGGAAGUGGAUACUUUGUAAUGGAGAAAGGAAAUUAAUGAACAUAAAUCAAUGUGCAUUAGUUAAAGACUUAGAAUAUGGUACUGCCUUCAUGGAGAUAUGUCGGUAAUUGACAAUUUCUUUCUUGGUGCUUAAAAUUCUACUGGUUCAAACUUCAAAAUUAGAAGUUAAGACUUAAUUUUUAGAGCUGAAGGAUCCAAAAUUUUAGCAUUUUCAUUCAGUUAUGUUUGUUAGUGGGUUUAAAGUAUUGCCUUCCCCUGCAAUAAAAGGUCUCUCACACAGACACCCCAACCCUUAGAAAACCUGAAAUCUUGGUACAAGAAAAAUGCCAUUAUGAAAUUCAUGAAAGGCUUCUUCAAAUGCUUGUAAUUCAUUUUUAUUGAAGCCUUGUCUAUUGUGUGUCUUGAAUAAAAUAUCUACUUUAUCAUUGAAGCCUCAGCAACUAUAUCUUUCUAGCAGGCAAUAAAUAACUGACACCAUCAUCUCGGCUUGCUCCACUAUCUUGUUUUCUUGAUUUAAACUGUGUAUGCCGUUUAUCUCUUAUCUUUCUAUGGAAUGUUAGUAGUGAUGUUUCUGAAACUCGAAUUUGAUUAACUCUUAACCUCAUAAUUUUCUUGCAUUUUUUUCCCUCGAAAAGCUUCUCUGUCCUUUUUUCCUUCAUUUUGCAGAUACUUCUGCAUUUCAUGAAAGAGUGCCAUAACUAGCAAGAACUAAUGAACAAAUAUAAGCCUUGAAUCUCUUAUGCUCGGACAAACUAUGAUUCAAAUGUGGUGAAAUGAUUGCAAAAUUUAUUUGUUGGUACUGAUGAGGCAACAACCUGCGUGGGCCUUGUAAUCCAUAACCAAAAACAAGGAAUGACUUCUGUUGCUCAUUUGGAUUCUCCAAACGUUGUUGAUAUUGGCCUCAGCCAGAUGUUAUCUUUGUUUUCAGAUCAUGAUUCUGAUGCCAUGCUGGAUGUGCAUCUAAUAGGUGGAUUUGAUAAUACCUCAUCUAAAAAUGCAAAUCUUGCUAACAGAAGUAGUGCCAAACUGGAUGGAUAUUCAUAUUCUUUGUGUGCUAAGAUAAUUGAAACCUUGAGGGAUAGGAAUGAAAAGUUUCAGAUUCACACUCUCCAUGUUCUUCAGCAUAACACCAGAUGGGAUCCUGACGGAACCGCACUGCCCAUCUUUAGUGGAUUUGUGGUGGAAACGUCCACUGGGUCAAUCAUACCAGCCAGCUUUGAUAGAACGUCAAGAUGCCCAGAUGAAAUUGUUCGAAGAAUUCGAGUCACUGCUUGCUAUGGCGAUCCCAAUUGGGAUGGCAGGUUGCUUGAGACGUAUGACACCAAGACCGACCAUUUUGUCAUUGCUCCAUGCACUUGGAGUACACACCAAUUAUACAUCGCAAUGGCAAUUCAAGAACUCUCCGAUGCAGAAAUCCUCCUUAGAUGUUCAACUUCACCUUCUGCUGAGAGUCCAGAUUUUGUGGAGAAUGAAAGAAGGAGUAGAUAUCUAUAUGAUGUCCCAGAUUUUUGUAAAAUGUCACCAUAUUUCCAAAGGGAUAAUGGCGAAUUUAACGUGGAAACUGUUUCUUUAUCCAGAAAGUGUGACUACUUGAUUCGUCAUCCACUUUGGAGAGAGACAUUUCCCAAUAAGCAGCCUCGCAUAUUUCAGAGGAUUGAAGGUGGAAGUUGGGUGAAAUGCUGAAGGUUAGAAGAUUUUGAUUGCACCCAGAAGGAAUUUGCCGCGAAAUGUAUUAUUUUUUUGUAAAUUAAGCAGAGUGUAAACUUCACUCUGUUUCCAUAUUUCAGAUAAUAGAACAAUAUCUUGCAAUGAGAACAUAUAAUGCAUGAAUGCUGACGAUGAACUUGCUCAACCAUUGUUCUAGCCACUGCCUUCUGAUCAAAGGGUCCUUAAAGCUUGAUAUUCUUUUGAUUC